UGAAAAACCGAUGAAAUUGUUUCGAGUUUCGAUUCGAUUUCGUGAAUCAUUAAUGAAAGCAAAAAAUAAAAAGUCAAUGAGUCCAAACUCCAAACAGCAAGAACGCGCAGUUGCAAUUGGAAAAAAGCGAAACUGCAUCGAAAAGUCAUCCAUCUUUUCUCUAUUCAACUAUAUUUCCCACCUUUCUUCCUUCUUACCAUCUGCAAAAUUCAAGUUCCAUUUUUUGUGGGGUUUUAACAUUUUUCCUAAUUUUAUUCUCCCGUCUCCAAUUUCAUCUGCCAUUUUGGAUCACGAGAGAUCAUUCAAUUUCAACUUGCUCCUGCAACGUUGCAGUUUUACCGCGCUUCUUGAUUACACACCGUCCUCACAAUUUCUGGCAUUGAAUUUUAAUUAGAAUUUGCUGUUCAUUCCUUUUACGUUUCUUUUUUUCUAGGGAUUGAGGUCCUCUCCUGGGACUGGGAGUGUAUUUUCUGAUCUCUUUUAUCACCCAUUUCUAGUGUGUGUAUAUAUUUGUAUUCAUAGUGUUUCAUUUUUUUUUUCUUCCAAGUUCAUAUGUUUUCGCCUUUUUGCGUGAUUAGAAAUUAUUGCGAUGAUUUUCUGCUGCUUUGAAGUCAAUUGUGAGUUGUGACCCUUUUCUCCUGUACUUAAUCACGGUGUGCCCCACCUGUAAUUAAUUCUUGGCAGUGAAAUAUCUUUGGUGAUUGUUGAAGAAUGUGAUAAUUGUUUAUUCUUUGAUGAAACAAAAAGCAGAAAGUCUUCCUGCAACAUUGCUGACUUAAAAAAUGAAACUUCUAGUCCGUGUGAUUGAAGCGAAAAACAUACCAGCCCUUGACCCAAAUGGGUUCAGUGAUCCAUAUGUGAAACUGCAGUUGGGCAAGCAAAAGUUUAGAAGUAAAGUUGUGAAGAAAUGCCUGAGCCCAUCUUGGUGUGAGGAGUUCACCUUUAAGGUGGACGACUUGAAAGACGAGCUUCUGAUAUGUGUUUUGGAUGAAGAUAAGUACUUCAAUGAUGAUUUUGUUGGGCAGAUCAAAAUCCCCGUCAGUCACGUUUUCGAAGCCAAAGACAAGUCCCUUGGAACUACCUGGUAUAUUCUGCAGCCAAAGAAUAAAAAGUCCAAGAACAAGGAUUGUGGUGAAAUUCUUCUAACUAUAUGUUUCUCUCAUAAUAACACGCCGUUCGACCUCUUACCGGCUGACACCAUUGUUCUGCCUAGAAAAUCAGCUGACUCAAUAAUGGACAGUCCUUCGAGAUCUUCUCCCGUUAGGUCAUCUUCUACCACGAGAUUAGACGAAACCGUCUCCUCAAAAGAGGAAAAACCUCAUGCCCCAACAUUAGCCUGCCGAAUAGCACAAAUGUUCAACAAGAAUCCGGACUCGACAUCCGUGUCGAGUUCGGUUGAAGCAGCUGAGAUAUUAGAUUCGCCCGAGAGCUUGGAUCCUGUGGUAAUGGAGCAAAACUCCGAGGAGCAAACCACGUCCGUUGAUUUUGAUGAGAUGAUGAAAAUCAUGGAGACAAAAGAUCAAGGAGGUGAGAUUCCGAGUAGUUUGUCAGGAGGCAUUGCACUCGACCAAAUCUAUGGGACAUCUCCUUGGGAAUUGAACUCGAUACUGUUCUCACCGGACUCGGACUUUUGGAAGACCGCAUCUGAUUCACAGGGAUCUACGGAUUUGCAAAUAGGUCCCUGGAAGUUUGAAAAUAACGGUGAGACCCUAAAACGAGUGGUUUCUUACACGAAAGCUGCUAGUAAGCUGAUCAAAGCUUUGAAAACGACCGAGGAGCAGACUUACCUGAAAGUCGACGGUAAGAAUUUUUCUGUAAUUUCGAGUGUAAGCACGCCGGAUGCUCCUUAUGGGAAAACUUUCAAGGCUGAGGUGCUUUACUGCAUAACGUUAGGGCCCGAGCAGCCAUCAGGAGAGCAGACUUCACGUCUGGAGGUUUCUUGGCGAAUUAAUUUCUUGCAGAGCACGAUGAUGAAGGGUAUGAUAGAAAGUGGGGCAAGGCAAGGUAUAAAGGAGAGCUUCGAACAUUAUGAGAAGCUGUUGGCUCAGAUUGUGAAGCCACUCGAUUUGAAGGAUAUUGGGUCAGAGAGAGAUCAGAUGCUGGCGUCCCUUCAGGUGGAACGUCAGUCGGACUGGAAACUGGCCGUUCAGUAUUUUGCUAAUUUCACAGUGAUAUCUACUGUUUUAAUGGGCUUGUAUGUGCUCGUGCAUGUAUGGCUGAGUAUGCCGAGUACGGUUCAGGGUCUUGAGUUCGUGGGUUUGGACUUGCCGGAUUCAAUUGGUGAGGUGAUAGUGUGUGGUGUGUUGGUUUUGCAAGGGAAAAGAGUGCUGGAGUUGAUGUCCCGGUUUAUGCAGGCCCGAGUGCAAACGGGUAGUGAUCAUGGAAUCAAAGCACAGGGAGAUGGCUGGUUGCUCACAGUUGCACUAAUUGCAGGAAGCAAUUUGGCGGCCGUUGACUCGAGUGGGUUCUCUGAUCCCUAUGUUGUGUUCACUUGCAAUGGGAAAACAAAAACCAGCUCUAUCAAGUUUCAAAAAUCUGAUCCUCUUUGGAACGAAAUUUUUGAAUUUGAUGCAAUGGAAGACCCUCCCUCGGUGCUGGACGUGGAAGUUUUCGAUUUCGAUGGCCCUUUUGAUGAAGCUACAUCUCUUGGACGUGCUGAGAUUAAUUUUCUAAAAUCAAAUAUUUCAGAGCUGUCAGAUAUUUGGAUUCCUCUACAAGGAAAGCUGGCCCAGGCUUGCCAGUCGAAGUUGCAUUUAAGAAUAUUCUUGAACAAUACCAGAGGUGGUAAUGUUGUUAAAGAUUAUAUAUCUAAGAUGGAGAAGGAAGUAGGCAAGAAGAUAAGAUUGCGUUCUCCUCAAGCAAAUUCAGCAUUUCAGAAGCUUUUUGGGCUACCACCUGAGGAAUUUCUUAUCAAUGACUUUGCUUGUCACUUAAAACGGAGAAUGCCUCUCCAGGGGCGGUUGUUUCUGUCGGCGAGAAUAAUCGGGUUUCAUGCAGAUCUAUUUGGGCACAAGACAAAGUUUUUCUUUCUGUGGGAAGAUAUAGAAGACAUUCAAGUCAUACCUCCAACUUUGUCAUCAAUGGGUAGUCCAAUCAUCAUCAUGACAUUAAGGCCAGGGAGAGGAUUUGAUGCACGGCAUGGAGCAAGGACUCAGGAUACAGAAGGCCGGCUCAAGUAUCAUUUUCAUUCAUUUGUGUCUUUCAAUGUGGCACACAGAACAAUCAUGGCACUGUGGAGGGCAAGGUCUUUGACCCUCGAGCAGAAGGUACAAAUCGUGGAGGAAGAAUCUGAGGCUAAUAUUGUCCAAGCUUCUGAAGAGGAUGCCCUGACCAAGAAUCUCACGUCUACAGACGAGGAAAUCGACCCUAAAAACCUUCAAGCAGUGGAUGAAGAGUCCGAGCCCAAGAGCCUUUCCACUGAGGAAAGUGGCUCGUUUUUGGGAGUCGAAGAUGUUAACAUAGGUAGUGAGAUCGAUCGAAGGGUGAUGGAGAGAGCUGGCUGCCUCAAUUACUCUCACAGCCCUUGGGAAUCUGAAAAACCGGACGUGUACCAGAGGCAGCUGUAUUACAAGUUCGACAAGCGCAUAUCUCGUUACAGAGGGGAAGUGACCAGCACUCAGCAAAAAUCUCGACUUUCUGGGAAAAACGGUUGGCUCAUUGAGGAAGUCAUGACUCUCCACGGAGUCCCGCUUGGCGACUACUUCACGCUUCACUUGAGGUAUCAAGUCGAAGAUUUACCUUCAAGGUCUGUAGGUUGCAACGUGCAAGUACAUUUUGGGGUCGCGUGGUUGAAAGACACCCGACACCAAAAGAGGAUAACAAAGAACAUUGUGUCCAAUCUUCAAGAACGUCUUAAAGUCAUGUUCAGUGUAUUGGAGAAGGAAUACGUCUCGGGAUCAUAGUUUUUUAACCUCACAAAUACUUACACGACCACAGAACAAACAAUCUCUUUAAGUUUGUUGGGCUGAUUUUUGCUGCGCGGGUUCAAGCGGCAAACUAACUCGGCUUUCUGAUUGUACAUAGGAUUGACAAAGUUGACUGCAUUGCUGCUUAAGGGCGGGACUUUGGUCGAGAACUGAAAGGUGCUCCUGUAUUGUGAUAUAUGGGUUUUAUAAUUUGUUGUAGCAUUAGUACAAGUUAUAUCUCUUGUUUCUAUGAAUUUUAUCCUUCAUGUUCAUUUGCCCAUAGUGUCUAUUUGGAGACUUUAAUGUACUAUUUGUUUAAUGGCUUCAGUUAGUGUAACCAAUUUUGACAUGAAAAUUUUCACAAUGGACUCGCAGAAUUUUUCUGCCUUCAGUGUAAAUUCAGAAAAUUGAAGCAGGUCUAAAUUUGCAGGUGUUGUCUGUUAGCAGGCAAAUAUAUGUACUUCAGCUGAACUCAUUUUUAAGAUUUA